CUCCAACUCGUGUUCCAAUUUCAAGACCAUCCUCACCUCUCAAUCUUAUUCCAUCAAUUUUCCUCUCUCUUACCAUUUGGAAACAAAACAGCAACUAUCCAAACAGGCAAUUCAAUUCAAUUUAAAGAUCAAAAGUAUCAAUUUCUCUUUCAAAUCUCCCCAAUUUGCAACCUACACACUUUAAUUCGAAUCAUUUUCAACAAUUUUUCAUACUACUAAUAAUCAAUUCGUCACAAAAAUAUUUAACAAACUUCAACUCUAAAUUUCCAGAAUUUUCCUCCAUUUUCAUCUCAUUUUUAAUUUAUUUUGAAGAUUCGACAUCGUUUUUGUGAUUUCUGUUGAAGAUUUUUGAUUCUCGCUUUGCUUUGCAUGAGAAUUCUGUAGAAAUUGUUGUCCGACCUCUUUUUCCAUGGCGAUCUCGGAUUCGCCAGAGACGAUUGUUGCGGCGGCGAUGACGUCGUCGGCGACGACGAAUGAUUACGGAGAAUCCGUUCGCAGGCGAGGGACUGGAACUGGUGGUUCGAGUGUCAGAGCUUCUACUUCUUCGUCUUCAGUGGUGGAAGAUAUGGAAGAUUCGAAGAAGGUUUCGAAUGGCGAAGAUGUUGAUCGAAUUGUUGAUGGCGACAGUAGUAACGGUGAUCGGAUUGUUUCCGAGCAUGUUAGUGGUGGUGAAGAUGAAGGAAAGGUCGUCAAUGGCGGUAGAGUACAGGACUUUGAUACUGCGGUUAAGUACUCGUAUCGGCCGUCUUCUCCGGCUCAUCGGAAGGUUAAGGAGAGUCCUCUUAGCUCCGACGCCAUUUUCAGACAGAGUCACGCUGGUCUCUUCAACCUUUGUGUAGUGGUACUUGUUGCUGUAAACAGCCGGCUUAUCAUUGAAAAUCUCAUGAAGUAUGGAUUGCUUAUACGAGCUGGUUUCUGGUUUAGCUCAAAGUCAUUUAGAGAUUGGCCUCUAUUUAUGUGCUGUCUUUCACUCCCAAUUUUCCCAUUCACUGCUUUCCUGGUAGAAAAGUUGGCACGAAGAAGGCGUAUUUCUGAUCCGGUUGUUGUCCUGCUCCAUAUACUGAUUGCCAUGAUUACCAUCCUAUAUCCAGUUUUUGUAAUACUCAGGUUUGAUUCUGCUGUUCUUUCUGGUGUCACGCUGAUGCUUUUUGCUUGCACCUCGUGGUUAAAGUUGGUAUCAUAUGCACAUACAAACUAUGAUAUGAGAGCAAUUGCCAAAGCAUCUAUUAAGGAGGAUGAACUAAAUGUGGAACUCCCUUAUGAUGUCAGCAUUGAGAGUCUGGUGUACUUCAUGGUUGCUCCAACACUAUGUUACCAGCCAAGCUAUCCUAGAACUGCAUACAUUCGCAAAGGAUGGGUCGCUCGACAAGUAUUAAAAUUGGUGAUAUUUACGGGAGUUAUGGGAUUCAUCGUUGAACAAUAUAUCAAUCCAAUUGUACAAAAUUCACAGCAUCCUCUGAAAGCAAACUUAUUGUAUGCAAUCGAAAGGGUUUUGAAGCUCUCAGUUCCAAAUUUGUACGUGUGGCUAUGCAUGUUCUAUUGCUUUUUCCAUCUUUGGUUAAACAUAUUGGCAGAGCUUCUGACAUUCGGUGACCGUGAGUUUUACAAGGAUUGGUGGAAUGCAAGAUCAUUUGAAGAGUAUUGGAGGAUGUGGAAUAUGCCUGUGCAUAAAUGGAUGGUUCGCCAUGUUUACUUCCCAUGCUUGCGCAACGGAAUACCAAAGGGAGUUGCUGUAUUGAUUGCCUUCCUCAUAUCUGCCAUAUUUCAUGAGCUAUGCAUAGCUGUCCCUUGUCAUAUGUUCAAACUUUGGGCUUUUCUCGGGAUUAUGUUUCAGGUUCCUUUGGUUUUACUUACAAAUUUCCUGCAGAGGAAGUUCCAGAGCUCAAUGGUUGGAAACAUGAUCUUCUGGUUCAUUUUCAGUAUAUUUGGUCAACCGAUGUGUGUUCUCCUUUAUUAUCAUGACCUGAUGAACCGCAUAGGCAAAUCAUCAUGAAGUUUUUGCAACUUUUAAGGAAAAGGCAAUCUAAUUUAUUACGUAAAAGCGAAUAGAAGAAUAGACUCGUAUCCCGCUCAUGCUACAAUGUGGAGAUUGACUACCGUUCCAUUUCAAGACCGCUGUGUAGAUCGAUGUUGUUCCUCGUCUAAUACCUCAUGCCAAGUGAGUCGUAUUUCAUGACUUCGUUUUUCUGUUUGAGCAAUUUUGACACGGAGAUGCAUGCACGCACCCUUGCUAAUACAGAAACAUAGAUGAUGGAUUAUUGAAUUAGGUUUCUGGGAAAAAUUGUACAUGAUGUAAUUUCGUUUCUGUUUCGUUUCAGAAUUUGGUGCUAAUUGAUCAAUCUAAUUCAUCUUUAUCUGAAGAUAUCAUGUAAGAAUCUGGAAUGCUUUACAUUGCUCCAGUUUAUCUUGGGUGCUCACAAUAUAAUUUUUGUCGGUGAUGA